AAAGAACCAGAGGAGCAGUCGCAGCUGCUUUCCGAGGAGCCAGUGUUGCCGAGCUCCUGACAAAGUGCCAGGCCUAUAAUAGGCUUUCAGCUGGAAGAAAGGGAUAAACAUUUGCAUACAUGACUAUACAGUAUCCUAUUUGAUAAAAAUUGGAAAGGCUUUAAUCAGAAUCAGAGCUCAUGCACCCAAGUAGCUGAUUGCCAAAAUGCUUUGGAAUUUUUAACUAACUUUACGAAAAGUCUGAAAUAGAUUUAAGGCUCUAAAACAGAAGCUGCAGCAAAGGGGAUUCAGUGCCAAUGCAUCAACAAAAAAGACAGCUAGAGUUAGUGGAAGGAAAUCUUCCUGUUUUUGUGUUUCCCACGGAGCUAAUAUUUUAUGCAGAUGACCAGUCAACGCAUAAGCAAGUGUUGACUCUAUAUAAUCCCUAUGAGUUUGCCUUAAAGUUCAAAGUUUUGUGUACUACUCCAAAUAAGUAUGUUGUCGUUGAUGCUGCAGGUGCAGUAAAGCCUCAGUGUUGUGUGGAUAUUGUGAUUCGUCAUAGAGAUGUUCGAUCCUGUCACUAUGGUGUAGUAGACAAAUUUCGUCUCCAAGUUUCUGAGCAAAGCCAGAGGAAGGCUUUAGGAAGGAAAGAGGUUGUGGCUACUCUUCUCCCUUCUGCAAAAGAGCAACAAAAGGAAGAAGAGGAAAAAAGAAUAAAGGAACCAUUGAGUGAAAGUUUAUUUUUUGAGCAGUCAUUUCAACCAGAAAAUAGAACUGUCUCCUCAGGACCUAGUUUACUAACUGUCUUCCUGGGAGUGGUGUGCAUUGCAGCUCUAAUGCUUCCUACACUGGGGGAUGUGGAAUCGCUGGUGCCUCUUUACCUCCACUUAAGUGUGAAUCAAAAAUUAGUGGCUGCUUACAUCUUAGGUCUUAUCACAAUGGCUAUACUUAGAACAUGAGCAAGGAAUUCAGUUGACUUCUGAAGUAAAUUUAUCUUGAAAAUA